AUGAGAUUUGAUUUAGUGAUGAUUUAUGGUGUAAUUAGUACCAAAAGUAAUGACAAUAAACCGGCAAUGGACCGCGUGAAAAAUUUCUUGUUGGAUAACAAUGGCAAGUACCUUGAUAUAUGGAGUGGUAUUCCCGAUGCAAUAACGGGAAAAAACAACCCAGGGACAAUCACGAACAUGGAUGUCUCAACAAUGUGCGAACCAGUUUGCCAGGCAUGGCGUCAAACGAAAGAAGAAAACUAUUUGCACCAAAUUAUGAAUAUAUCGGCGUCUUAUGAAGAAUCGACAAAACUCUUCUACCAAACCGGUGUAGUAGGUAAAGGAAAUGUCCCACGUAAACACUAUUGGAAAAUCAUCCCAAGUAGUUCGAAUUGGAGCCACAUCUUUCUGAUAGGUUUACGAGCGACUCUUGGGCGUCUGACACUAGAACUAUUCAAGAUAAGCCCUUCAAUAAAGAAACGUUUAUUGCAAGUAUUCGUAUUAAGCGAUCGAUUGAUGACGUUGCCAAUGAAGAGUGAGGAGGAUAACAAAGAUAAGAAGAAAAAAAAGAACAAGAAACAAAAAAAAACUGAAACUCCCAUGUAUGAUGAGAUUAUGGAACGUCUGGAAAUUGAAACUGGAGCAAAUGUCAGUAAUGCUGGUAGAAGUAAAUCAGGUUUGAAUCCUACCAAUGACAGUGCAAAAUCGGCCACCAUAUCAUACCUAAACUAA